AUGAGUUUCCCAGGAAUGACCAGGCCUGGGGCGGCCGCCGGGGCAGCUCCUGGGGGGAUGAGCGAGCAGGAGCAGGCUAUUGUGCGAAAUAUUCAAGCCGCGAUGGAAUCAUGUCCAAUGAAAGCCGUGAUGGCAGGCGGAAUGGGCUUCGCCCUGGGUGGAGCGUUCGGUCUAUUCAUGAGCAGUAUGUCGUACGAUACACCUCUCACACCGCAAGGCCGUGAAAUUUCGAGUCUUCCCGUUCGUGAACAGCUCAGGCGAGGAUUUAAAGAUAUGGGCAGUCGGUCAUUCAGCUCCGCGAAAAAUUUUGCCAUCGUGGGCGCCCUUUUCAGCGGAACAGAAUGCUGCAUAGAGGGUCUUCGCGCCAAGAACGACCUUACAAAUGGCAUUGCGGCUGGAUGCAUCACUGGCGGAAUAUUGGGUGCCAAGGCUGGGCCUCAGGCUGCGGCACUGGGAUGCGCUGGUUUCGCCGCAUUUAGUGCUGCCAUUGAUGCAUACAUGCGACAGCCCUCGGAUUAG